GCUGGGCUGAGGCGCCCAGGGGAGCUGCGGCACCCACGGAGGAAGUACGAGGACAGCACGCACGUGGAGGCUCCGCGCUGGGGCACUGCUGCUCAGCCCCCGACACCUGAGCUCCCAGUUGCUUCUUUGAGUCAGGGUGCAGCUCUGGUCACCUGGCGGCCUCUUCAGCUCAGCCUCCUGCAAAGUGUGAGCCUGAAGAACCACCCUGAAUUGCCCUUGUAGGACCCAGAAUAGGUACCAGCAGAAUCGGGUAAUGGCUCCCUCCUCCUUCACCUGGGCUGCCCUCACCUGGCUAUGGGCUUGCAGUCUGUGAUAAGGAGCUCCACUUCUAGAAGACUGAUUCUCAUGGACCAACUGGUAUUCAAAGAGACAACCUGGAAUGAUGAGUUCUGGCAGAACCCCUGGGACCAGGGGGGCCUGGCAGUGAUUAUCUUAUUCAUCACCGCUGUCCUGCUUCUCAUCUUAUUUGCCAUCGUGUUUGGUUUACUCACUUCCACAGAAAACACUCAGCGUAAAGAGGGUGAAGAGGAGUGACCUGACUUCCUGGGGACUGAGACGGCAGCAGGGGAGGCAAGCUGACCUGCCCCCAUUCCGGUGGUGGGCCCCUCCACGGUGCCCUCUGGCUCAGGGGCCAGGCCCUGGUGUCUUCCUUUCCCACCAGGAAAGAGUCUAGUAAAAUAUUCCAUCUGGCUUAGGGUUGGUCAGACUAGUAAGAUGGGGAGGCUGGUCUGAGACCAAUUCUGGCUCCUUGAUCCUAUUGGUUUUCGGGUUCCCCGACCAGAACCCUAAAAGCACAUGGAGAGGUCGGCUCCACUGCCUCAGGUGGAAGGAGCGAUGGCUAACAAGGUUCUCUAACAGGCUCACAGGCCCAGCCAGCAAUUUCACAAAUCCUUGACAACCAAAUGAAGUAAAAAUGCCUUUACAAAUCUGCUAA